UGGGCGGCUGCUGUUCAGGGCCUGGCCACAGCAAGCGGCGGCGUCAAGCCCCUGGGGUUGGCGCGGUUGGCGGGGGCAGUCCGGAGCGUGAGGAGGUUGGCGCAGGUUACAACAGUGAGGACGAGUAUGAAGCGGCUGCAGCUCGCAUCGAAGCUAUGGACCCCGCAACCGUCGAGCAGCAGGAGCACUGGUUUGAAAAGGCCCUGCGAGACAAGAAGGGCUUCAUCAUCAAGCAGAUGAAGGAGGACGGCGCCUGUCUCUUCCGGGCUGUAGCUGACCAGGUUUAUGGAGACCAGGACAUGCAUGAGGUUGUACGAAAGCACUGCAUGGACUAUCUGAUGAAGAAUGCUGACUACUUCUCCAACUACGUCACAGAGGACUUCACCACCUACAUCAACCGAAAGCGGAAAAACAACUGCCAUGGCAACCACAUUGAGAUGCAGGCCAUGGCAGAGAUGUACAACCGGCCCGUGGAGGUGUACCAAUACAGCACAGAACCCAUCAACACAUUCCAUGGGAUCCAUCAAAAUGAGGAUGAACCCAUCCGUGUCAGCUACCAUCGGAAUAUCCACUACAAUUCAGUGGUGAAUCCUAACAAGGCCACCAUUGGCGUGGGACUGGGCCUGCCAUCAUUCAAACCAGGGUUUGCAGAGCAGUCCUUGAUGAAGAAUGCCAUAAAAACAUCAGAGGAGUCAUGGAUUGAACAGCAGAUGCUGGAAGACAAGAAGCGGGCCACAGACUGGGAGGCCACAAACGAGGCCAUUGAGGAGCAGGUGGCUCGGGAAUCCUACCUGCAGUGGCUGAGGGAUCAAGAGAAACAGGCCCGCCAAGUCCGUGGCCCCAGCCAGCCCCGGAAAGCCAGCGCCACAUGCAGUUCUGCCACUGCAGCAGCCUCCAGUGGUCUAGAGGAGUGGACCAGCCGGUCCCCGCGGCAGCGGAGUUCAGCCUCAUCUCCUGAGCACCCUGAGCUGCAUGCCGAGCUGGGCAUCAAGCCCCCUUCCCCAGGCACUGUCUUAGCUCUUGCCAAACCUCCUUCACCCUGUGCACCAGGUACAAGCAGCCAGUUCUCGACAGGGGCCGACCGGGCUACUUCCCCCCUUGUGUCCCUCUACCCUGCUCUGGAGUGCCGGGCCCUCAUUCAGCAGAUGUCCCCUUCUGCCUUUGCAGGUCUGAACGACUGGGAUGAUGAUGAGAUCCUAGCUUCGGUGCUGGCAGUGUCCCAACAGGAAUACCUAGACAGUAUGAAGAAAAACAAAGUGCACAGAGACCCACCCCCAGACAAGAGUUGAUGGAGACCCAGAGACUGGAGACCGUCUCCCAACCCCCACCACUCCUGCCCUCUGGUGCCACCCUACCUUCUUUGGCUUUCUUCUCUCUUGCCUUCUUCCUUCUUCCCUCUCUCCCCUCCUUUCCUUCCCCACUUCCCUCUGGCUGGCCCACCCUUGCGCGCCCUCUCAUCGCUGCCACCACCACCAUCACCUGUCUCUUCGCCAGCUGAUGUGCCCUCUUGCCCCCUGCACAGCACCAUCCCUGCAUUCCACAGGGGACUCGGGCAAGGGUGCUGAAGGUAGGCGAGAGGCACACAGAGACAAACCAACUGGCAGCCAGGCAGCCCCUGAAGACAGACAUUCAGACAGAGGGAAGUCUCCCUGCCCCCAAUUCUUUCCAAGAUCAGAAAAUUGUCACCCCACCUCCACAGUGAUGCCAGGGAGGUGGGAGGAAGAAGUGGGAAUAUCCCCUUCCCAGUACCCCCAAGAAUGUCUGAGCCUUCAAUGUUGAAUUUUUCUUUAUUAAAAUGUACUUUUAUCUUAUAAAAUCAUUCAAUCAAAAAGUGAUGUAGACAACAGUAUUGGCUCUAUGAAGGCGGCAUCUCUGGUUUGGGGGCAGGCAGGCCACGGGGCACAGAGGGGGCACAAAGAUGUGUUUGUUGUCCCUGGCCUCCAGCUCUGUGGAGGUGGGCAGGGUCUAGGGCGUGAGCCGGGGAUGGGGACGAGGGGGGCAGGUGUCAAGUGGGCUUUUUUGGACAAUGAGACUGACCUCGCUGCAUUCCUUAUGCUUCCACCACCACCACUAGUCUUUUUCGGGGUGGGGGGCACCUUUGAGGAUCAUGGCCGCCGCCCAGGAUUUGAGUGUGGGGAGUGGGAGCAGCCUCAGCAGAUGGGGCACCCGUGCCCUGCAGGUGUCGACAAGAUCCGCCAUCUGUAAUGUCCUUGGCACAAUAAAACCAAAUGUCAGUUUCCCCUGAGCGCCUCUGUUCUGUGUGGGGCAGGGGGUGGGUGGGCCUCUGGGCAGAGGCGGUGAUGGCACAGGCCUUGGCUUGACCUCUGGGGGCCGCAUGUUCUCCAGUAGGGUCUGUGUAGGGGCCCAGAGUUUGUUCAUAUUUGAUUCACUGCUUACUAAACUACCUUCUGGACAUGUUACCACCAAGAAAGCUCUGUCUUUGCCCGCUGUCCCUGCCUCGGUAUUGGCACAGGAUAUAGCCUGCCCACCCUAUUUCCUGGGGUGUAAUGGGAGCAGAGAACUGUGAGCUUGAGGGCAGGGACUGAACUUCCAACUCCUCUGACUGCCUCUUGCCCCGUAUGUUUUUGCUCGCUCUUUGUGAUUGUUUGAUGAGGAAAUGCUUUAAACAGGCACAAUGGUUUCUUAUUAGCAACAUGAGUUUAGUGGAAGUGACCAGAGGGGACCCCCUCACUGGGUUUUAGAAGCUAGGGAACAGCUAAACCCUUUUUUGUUCACAUUCCCCAGUUCUGUUGAUAACUUCUGUCCCUGCCCUUCCUAGGGGUAAAGCCCAGGUUUUGUCAGUUGUCUUUUUUGAUGUCCCUCAAUAAUGGGGUACCCCUGUGGAAGAGUGUGUGUCCAGUUCCACAGGUGAGGGUGUGGCUGUCUGCAGGGUGUCUCUGGAAUCCUCUGGUCAAGCACGUGUAUGUUGGAGAGUUGGCUUGAAAUCUUGGCUUUUUCUAACUGUGACUCACAACACAGGCUCUCAGUUUCAAGUGUCCCAUGUACUACCUCACGCUCUCUCUGGCUGUGAGCAUUGAGAGAGAGUGCAUAUGGUCAACAUAAUGUAUGAUGGCACGGUGCCUGGCACAUCCUGAGAGCUCAAAUGUUAGCCGGUAUUAUUUAUUAUCCUGAUGUUGAAGUUUCUGCACCAUUUGGCCCCUGUCUACUUCAUCCAGCUGCUCUGUCUAGUUUCCUUGGCCUUUGCCUGGAAUUUGGUCUUCCCCUGUCCCAAGCCUCCAACCUUGUCUUUCAAGAUGGGUAGAGGGUCUCCUUCUGAGAAGCCCCGUGUGACCCAUUUAUAUUCUCACCUCUAUCUACAAAUAUGUCUUUAGUCCCUCCCCGGUAACUGUACUAUGAGCUUCCUGGGCAAGGGCUAUGAUGCCUGACUUAUCUGUGUAUCUCUUAAUAUCUGCACCCCCUCUAGGGCCUGGCAGGCUUACAGUAGACCCCUAAUAAAUGUUGGAUGAA